AUGGAUGGAUUAAUAUUGAAUACAGAGGAUCUGUACACAUUGGGCUUUCAAGAAGUAGCAUCACGGUAUGGGAAAGAAUUUACGUUUUCUUUAAAAUGUAAAAUCAUGGGUCAGCAGAGUAAAGAGUUCGCAGAAUCCAUCAUCGAAGCUCUCGAACUACCUUUAUCGGUAAACGAGUUCCUAAUAGAAACGCGGAAAAUUUUUAAUGAUUUAUUUCCGUUGAGUACUGUGUUGCCAGGCGUAGAAAGAGUAAUAAGGCAUCUAAGCUCAUGUAAAAUACCAAUUGGUUUAGCAACAAGUAGCAGCCAGGAGACGUAUGAUUUGAAAACAAAAAAUCAUACAGAAUUGUUUGAUCUGUUCACGUACAAGACGCUGGGCUCUUCUGAUCCAAGUGUCAAGAGAGGAAAACCACAUCCCGACAUAUUUUACGCAGCUGCCGCAAAAUUUCCCGAAAAACCAGAGCCUCAAAACUGUUUAGUCUUCGAAGACUCAAUAAACGGGGUUAAGGCGGCUCAUGCUGCUGGUAUGCAGGUCGUGCUUGUCCCGGACCCCCGUCUCGACCGCACUUUGGUUUCCGAAGCCACCCUGAUCAUAGACUCAAUGGAAGAUUUCAAACCUGAACUCUUUGGGCUGCCUUCAUUCGACGGGUAA